UGGAAAUGUUCUCUGAUCUGAAGAAGAAGUCGGCGAAAAAAUUCCGGGCGGUACUGUUCCGUUUUCUGAAAGAGGAGAAGGUGGAGCUGGCGCUCGAUGAUUUGCCUGCCGGAUCCUCAGCAUCGCUUCCAAGCACGAAAGUGCCGUCGCCUGUGUCGGACUCCGAUACGAAUGAGGAGGUACAUGAAAACAACACUGCCGCACUGCACGCAAACACUGCCGCACUGCACAGCGGGCUUUCUAGUUCGGCAAGUCAAACGAAGAUAGCACCGUCGACGAAGUUUAACGUGUUUUCCUACUUCACGAAACCCGAACUGUGGAGCGACGCCGGUGCCGAGGAGCUUCAUGAAGUGGCACUGGUUUUGCAGGAUUUGGACCGGAAGUUGACGCAGCUUGGAAGCCCCGGAACCGUUUUCAUGGCUGGCACGACAGCACCAACCUCAAGCAAUGCGACUGCAGCGCUGUUGCACAGCAGCGCCGACGUGAGUUCUGUUGUCAACACGACAGGACCAUCAACGAGAUGCGCCGAAGGUACUGGCACAUCUAUCUGCUCUGGUCCAUCAAGUACAGACGACGUCGGAAGCACCGCACCUUUGAGGGUUCGGGUGGACCAAAUUUUCGGCGCGCUGCCGGUGGAGAAGUUCUCCCUGCCUGAUUUAGCGCAGUUGCGGAUGUUUUACCUUAACGCCGUGAAGCAGAUGCACAGGAAGAACAAAUUGCAAGCCAUGCGGCUAUUGCUACAGGCGUUGGAGUACUUGCUAGCAUACUUUUUUAGGCAGCUAGAGCUUUUUCAUUCCGAUUUUUCUCUGGCAUUUAUUUCACCUUGGCCAAACGAAAAAAUCGCGGGUGCAAGAUCGCUUUUUGCCCUAUACAAAUAAUCCUCUUGCUUCCGCAGCUUCCGCUUGAUCAAGGUCCUAUAAAUGCUCAUGCUGAUUACAGCGAGAGCGACACAUAGCCUCGAAUGACGCAUCAUCGACUUUCAGAAAUUAUGUCGUAUAACUCUCAGGCUUCACGGUGUGAACGAUAUUGGCGAGAUAUUCGAAGCUUGGACGAGCACCGUGAACUGGAAAUCUUGCACCGUGUUCCCGAUCAUGGAGCAGGCGUUAGCGUUUCUACACAAAAUCUACCCGACGAACGACUAUUCCAGUAUCAGCGCCGAGUACGACGACCUGUUCCGGGUGUUAAAUUGGCCACUGUUGCUGAAGCAUGCCGCAGUCGGGGGGACCACGAGCAAUUGCCACCUUCUUCUCAACGAACACUCGAACUUGCUGUUGAAGUUGGAUCUAGUGUCGACGUUUUGCAAGGACGCUGAGGCGAAGGCCGCUUUGAUGUUCGCGCUGGUGCGCCACUACUGUAGUUUAUUUCUCAACACCGCCGGUGGCACGCAGGAGAACACCACAGGUGUAGCGAGCGACGAGCUUGCCAACCGGAGUGCUUUGUUCUCUGGAACAACAUUUUUUGAGAACAGGUCCAGUCUCGAGUUGCUGCUCACGGCGUGGCAGCGGCUGGACUGGCAACAAAUCUCUCCGGACGUCGGGACUGCUUUGGCAGAGGAGCAGUACGCUUUCGCGGCAAGGUUCUUGCAGGAAAUCUGUGUUGUAUCAUCAUCCGCUUCCGGGACCGCUUCAUCGCUGGUCGAGUUCCUCAAGCCUCUGGACCUAAACCGCUUGGAUUUCGAGCUCCUUGUGAACGCCGACCUGGCGCCGCUGGCAGUGUUGCUGCGGCAGGACGGCGGAAGGAGGCCCCUGCACGUCGACACCCUGCACGCAAUUCUGUUACGUCGUAUGGGAAAUGUCGGGGCCUUGAGCACAGAGUACUUCACCCAAGAAAUUAACUGGGGGCACUGUUCCGACGCAAACCUGCAAACCCUGUUUGGCCUCGUCCUGGCCGAACGACAAAAGAAUCUGAACGAGAGCGGACGGUAUUGUCAUUUUCCCGUGUGAGUAUAGUAAGCCUAGCGUUUGGGAAAUUGAAAAUUGACACGGAGGCGCCACAUUUUUUGAUUUUGUCUCAAUCGACUCUUUGCGAUUAUUCACUUUCGUACCGAAUAAAACCAGCGUAUUGAGACAAGUAUGCGAGACAUACGCCAUCUAUCACUUUCACUGUCUUCAUUUUCAGAUCCGGCGGGUACCCAGAGCAGGCGGCAAUCGAGCCGGACGAUGCCACUGGCAGCGAUGAAGACAUCGCUGCGCGGGUAGCUAGCUCGCUGCCGUUGCACCGGCUCCCGGUGGAAAUUCUGAUGCACAGCCUGACGCCAAUCUACGCGGUGCUCCAGAGUGCGGCCUCGGGGGAAGUGACCGUGAGCGCGUUCGAGCAGAAGUGCAUUCCUCUCUUUUUCCACCACUGCGGUGUGUACUUGAAAUUUUUUCAAGACGACAACCGAAGGCUCGAAAAUCUGCUGCACUCACUGUUCACCGCAUACCGCGAGGCGCUGUUCGGAAAGAUGAAUGAUCAAGGCACUGGUAAUUUCCAGCUGGCGCAGCAGCAAAAGGAUCCAGGAACCACUACAAGGCACACCGCAGGACCUCCAGCCGUGGUGGUUUCCGGCGAGCGAUGCGACCAACACCCGGUUGUUUCUGGGGCUAGUCUUGCGUCACCGGCGCCGGAGCGGAAAGAGACUGACGGCAACUCCGGUGCGGGUGCGGAGAGGUAUGAAAUACACUAAGUGCAGAGCAGGACAGGACGGUGGUUGAUGUUUCAUACCUGAAUACAUAGCUCGAACACACUUCCUUGUUGCAAGUACUUUUUUCCGUUUGAUGCAGUUUGUGCUUGGCCCGCUGCUGAGGAAGCGAAAAUUCUUCAAAUCAACAGCAGCGCUACCGGGACACUGGAGCUCCUCCCUCUUGCGCAAACCAGUAGUUGCGAAGUGCAGCAGACCAGCGAGGUGAACGUCUGCACCCUGCCGUUCACGAAGGAACAGACGGCGAGGAUUUUCACGCUGUUGGACGAGUGCAACCUGGAGAAGCAGCAGAUCCUGCCGUUGCUCGACAGUCUGGACCUCUGCUACCUCCCGCGGGCGCUGUACAACGUGGAGUGGGUGGACGCAAGUGUGUUGCUGGAGUGCAAGCUGGAGAACAGCGAGCGGAAACUGGAGACGAAACUGGGGCACCUCGAGCGAAAUUUGUUCAGCCUCUUCUUGAAGCAAGAAGCCGCCAUGCACCAAAUGUUCAGCAGUCUGGCGGCGCUCCGCCAGGAGCAGCAGCAACUGACGAGUACGGUGACAAGCAGUCUGCUGAGCAGUUUCGCGGAAUUCGGGCAAAAUUUUGCGAACGACACGAAGGCACUGAGAGACCCGAAAUUCCUCGAGAAAACCAUCAACAAAGUGCUGGAUGAGCGCGAGCUGGCGAAGAGACAGUUAGAAGGAAAUGCGGCAAGCUCGUCCGGAGCAUCGUCGGACGGACAAGGAGGAGGUCUCGCAGCGUCGAAAGCGUCCUCGUCUGCGUUGGAUGCCAUUGCUGCCAUGAAUGUGAUGCAGACCAAGGAAGAGGUGGCCCAAACCCGGGAGGAGGUGUUGGCGCUGAAAGAGGACUUGCGGGAAUUCAAAAGCUCUCAGAAGCAAACACUGGAGAUCACGCUGCCUCAAAUCUUGGAUUCGGUGUUACGAGAUAUGCAGCUACAAGCCAACAACGACCGAAGUGAAAGUAGGGAUCGGGCCGCGCGCAGCGGGCCCGCGGGAGUAGGUGUAUCUUCAAUGAAAUCUUUGCGUGGCCGCGACGGCUACGGUGGUACGGGUCAGAAUGCGACCAGCAGUGCCAGUCUCGGGGACAGGCUUUCGGACUUGGUCGCCCGCAACAGCACCGGCAGCAAUAACGGACGGGAGUCGGUUUCGAACGCGCACCUCGAGGCCAGUGGCUAUGACCCCUUUACUGGAGGUUCUGCGGGGGCAGAAGGACAAAUAUCGGGAGCAAAAACAACAGGCAGCGCCGAAAGGCCACUGUUGCUCACGUCGAGGAGGAGUGGCUCGCCGGAGCAGCAGCCCGCAAUAUUGAACGCGACGACCCGAAAUCCGUGGAUGGAGGCAAAUAGUACCGCGAUUGGCUACCGCGAAGAUCAGCAACAGAAUAUGAACUCCGGCACAGGUACCAGUACCGGCCAAAACAGUCAUCCUUUUGCUAACCCAUCUACAGUCUUUCCGGCAGCCGCAGCCAACAAAGCGGAGCAACCUGACACCACCCAAAAUGGUGCGUUCCUCCCGCCGUCGCGCAACACGUUCCAGUCAAAUCAUUCGUCCGAGGCAGGAAUGUUUGCUCCCUGGGGGUUCAGGUCCCCGCUCGGGUUUGAGUUGCCCCAGUUUCCAUCGGGAAAUGGGACCAGCAGUUUUGGAGCGGCUGCUGGUGGUGCUGCUACUUCUUCAUCUAGCCAACAAACCUACGGGGUGAAUCUUGAAUAUGCAGGAGCACUACCACCCGGGGCUGCGGUUCCUGCCUCGGUCGGCGGUUACCCCCCGUAUACAACAAGCUCUUCGACUGGGCAACAGAUGCAGCUGCAGGAAAUGACACAUGAUCUUCACAACAGGGCGCUACAGGCGACGAAUCUCCACCCUACCGGGCCUUCCAUAUCUUCGAACAGCGGUCUGGUUGAUACUAGUAAUGCCCAGAGUAGUCUAGCAGCUGGUAAAACAUCUUCAACAUCGCCGGGCGAGAGCAAUCUCCACAUGAUCGCCGCAAGAGGACCAUUCAAUAUUCAGCAGCAGCAAAUGCAGAUGGGCGGGUCAAGUUCCUCAACGAGUUCCCACUCUGGCGGGCCAGGUUUUCAGCAAGCCAGUGUGCCCUCCAAUGUCGCGGGGGGAAUCAUGGCGGCAGACGGGUCGACAUCUGUGUCGAUGUCUCCCGGGCCGCAGGGUCCUUUUUCAAGCGGGCAAAAUACUGAAAACCUUCAGCAUGCGGGAGUACCACAUCAACUACCGCCUGGCUCAUUGAAUAAUCCGCACCAGCAGCACCAUUCCUUUCUGCCGGCCCAGCAGGGGCAUCAAAUGUCGGUGACGGCCGGAGGCGGUCAUCAGCACCAGCAGAUGCAGCACCAGCAGAUGUUUGUUUCCGCCAAUAAUCCUCCUGUUGCGUCGACGUCAGGUCAACAUUUUCAGGGCUUUAUGGCUCCGCAGCAGCACGUCUAUAAUAACGCGAGUACCGCUGCUGUGCACGGAUCGGGGGCGCAACAACAGGGCUCCAACGUGAUGCCGCCGUUCUAUCAAGCCUCGUCGCAGCACCAGCAGGCUCAGCAACAUCGAACCCCUCAGGGCCCGACGGAAGAAGAUCGACUGGAUGCGCUGAAUCAACGAGUCGUCAGCGAGGGAAUGCUGCAGUACAGCCGAAUGCCCGCCGCGCAUCACCUGGCAAGUGGGAGCAGCGGUCUGGCGACCGAUCCCACGUUGCUGACGCGAGACGGACACGACCCGCCAGGAGCCGGAGACGCGACUGGCACGUCCAGCGAGCUGCUGGAACGGCCGCAGCAAGGAGCGCCGGAGACCUCCGCGAGAGGAAUUCUGAAGAACACCGGUGAAGCAAAUUAUGGUCAGGGCAGUGGGAUGUUGAUGAAUCAACACACGAAUCAUGCAGGUGUUAUUGCAAACAGUUGUACUUCUUCAUCCGAGGAGCAGGCCGAGGAGACUGCUAUGCAGUACGCGGAAUCCCUGUUCGGUAAAUCGGCGGCGGGCCCGGGCCAUAAAGGCCCGCCGAUCUUCUGGGGUCGGGUCAGUACCGCGAUUGCGGAUGACAUCAAGCAGUUUCUGCCCAAAGUAACCGGUGUGAAGCCGAAAAUUCUAAUCCGGAAAGGACCCGCGCCGGGCGGUGCAGGCGGCACGGGUGGGGAAAAGUGAGAUCAGAUCUUUCUUUUUGGGGCUUUUACUUACAAAUCAGAGUUGACAUUCAAAGUUUUUCAAGGGGUCUUGAGCAAAUUUUUAGGAGGAUGAUCCGGAUGUCAGAGAGACGCUUGCCGGCAAUACUGGGGCCUUGUUUCCGGCCGGUAUGAAGGUCUUGCGAAACAUAGCGAUAUUUUUUCUAACCAAAGCUUAAGCUGUGGCAGCAACCAUAGAAGAGAUGCAUUUUGCACCUGCAGUUUAUUCGGCGGAUUUGCGAAUUGUUGUGCUGGAAAAGCUACUGAAGCAUACUACUUAGAAAGAAACCCAAAUGUGAUCGCGGAUUUCACGCCGGCGAAGAAGUUCUAUGAAGCCUGUGAUGUUGCCGUGUCGAGAAUAAAGAGAGCGACGCAUAGAAGCACCUACGUCUGUCGGUGUUGAAACGUCUGCACUUUAAAUUUUUGGAGGUUUUGCAUUUCCCUUUGCGCUGGCGCUCCCGCUCGGUGAAAUGAGCAUGAUGCGCAGACCCACCUUCUUAGAGUGUCUCCCGGUGUUGUUCCUGUGUCCUUGUUCCUCACAGUACUAGUACAGGCACACUCAGCACAAGAAUGCCCCUAGAUCUCUCGGAUCAAAAGCGC